AUGACUUGCAGGAGGAGGCCGAGCAGUGAGGAAACUGCGAGGGUGAGCCCUGGUCUGCAGGGGGACAGUAAAGCUCCUGUGCCUCAGGUGGUGGCUGAGGAGGAGGAUGUUUCAGGCCCCUGGGAGCCGGAGCGCUCUGGGAAAGGGAGCCCUGCGGCAGGACCAGAGACUGAUGGCUCCAGCGGGCGAGGAGCGCAGGAGACAGUCAACUCCACUGUCUGUGGGGAGCAGGAGGAGGAGGAGGAGGAAGAAGAGGAAGAGGAGAGCUGCUACAGCGAGGAAGGGGAGGAUGGCAGCAACGUCUACUUCUAUUACACCAUCGGAGAGCGCUGGAUAGACUACCUGCAGCGGACAGAGGACGGCGGCCUCCUCCGUCACGUGCGGCCCAAGAUGAAGCGGAAGUCAGAGAACGGCCUGGAUGGCCGGGCCCUUUCCCCCGGUAAAAAGCUGUGCAAGGGCUCCGAGUACAGCAGGACACUGGGUCCAUGCACACCCAGUCCCACCACCACCUUUGGGGACCUGCGCAACGCCAAAGCGGGCCAGGCACGCCGCCGCCGCAUCCCCUCAGUUGCCCCCCCUCCUGAGCUGCAGGACUGGCUCCGCACCUUCCAGCGGUGGAGUGGCCCGGAGAAGCUGCUUGCUCUGGAUGAGCUCAUCGAUCGCUGCGAGCCCUCCCAAAUCAAGUACAUGAUGCAGGUCAUUGAACCCCAGUUCCAGAGAGACUUCAUUUCCCUGCUGCCCAAGGAGCUGGCACUCUAUGUCCUCUCGUUCCUGGAGCCUCGGGACCUGCUCCGUGCUGCCCAGACCUGUCGCUACUGGAGGGUCUUGGCUGAAGAUAACCUGCUCUGGAGAGAGAAGUGCCGGGAAGAAGGCAUUGAGGAGCCCUUGAACCUGCGGAAGCGACGCCUGCUGAGCCCUGGAUUCAUGUACAGCCCCUGGAAAUUUGCCUUCAUGCGGCAGCACAAAAUCGACAUGAAUUGGCGCAGCGGGGAGCUUAAAGCCCCCAAGGUGCUGAAGGGACACGAUGACCAUGUCAUCACCUGCCUGCAGUUCUGUGGCAACCGGAUUGUCAGUGGCUCAGAUGACAAUACCCUCAAAGUGUGGUCAGCUGUCACCGGCGAGUGUGUGCAGACGCUGGUUGGCCACACAGGGGGUGUGUGGUCUUCCCAGAUGAGGGACAGCAUUGUCAUCAGCGGCUCCACAGACCGGACGCUCAAAGUGUGGAAUGCAGACACAGGCGAAUGCGUGCACACGCUGUAUGGGCACACGUCCACAGUGCGCUGCAUGCACUUGCACGGGAACAGGGUUGUCAGUGGCUCACGGGACGCCACUCUACGCCUCUGGGACAUCGAGACUGGGCAAUGUCUGCAUGUGCUGAUGGGGCACGUGGCUGCCGUGCGCUGCGUGCAGUACGACGGGCACAAGGUGGUGAGCGGUGCAUAUGACUACACAGUGAAAGUGUGGGACCCCGAGAGCGAAAGCUGCACGCACACGCUGCAGGGACACACGAACCGCGUCUACUCCUUGCAGUUUGAUGGGACACACAUCGUGAGUGGCUCUCUGGACACGUCGAUUCGAGUGUGGGACGUAGAGAGUGGGAACUGCCUACACACCCUGAUGGGGCACCAGUCGCUCACGAGUGGCAUGGAGUUACGUGACAACAUCCUUGUAUCUGGCAAUGCUGACUCCACAGUCAAGAUCUGGGACAUCAAGACGGGCCAGUGCCUGCAAACGCUGCAGGGGCCCAGCAAGCACCAGAGUGCCGUCACCUGCCUGCAGUUCAGCUCCAAGUUUGUGGUGACCAGCUCAGAUGAUGGUACCGUCAAGCUCUGGGACCUCAAGACGGGCGAGUUUGUGCGCAACCUGGUUGCACUGGAGAGCGGGGGCAGCGGGGGCGUAGUGUGGCGCAUCCGCGCCUCCAACACCAAGCUCGUGUGUGCGGUGGGCAGCCGCAACGGCACGGAGGAGACCAAGCUGCUGGUGCUGGACUUUGAUGUGGACCUGAAAUGAACCUGGCCAGUCCAGGCUGGGGUGGAGGAUCCCGCGGGCUGGGCAUAGCAGCUGGUCUUGGUGGGGCUGGCCCCAGAGCAGGCGCGAGCCCCCCCGCGGGCUGUAAAUAUUGUUUGCAGCUGUCUGGGCCUUAUUUAUAUAUGUGUGAACUCCCUGUGGGGAGCCUGCACCCGGUGGGGGCACUGUACAGAGGAAGCAGCAUGUUUUGUACACACUAAUAUAUCGAUUUAU